UCGAAUCGCAGACCCGCCAACAUCCCUCUCCAUACCCUUUCGUCCUCCUCUGGCAGACGGCAGAGUAGCGAGUCGUACGACGAGAAGGAAGACCGUCAACGCCCCGGGCGGCGCUCCGGAUCUUUUGACUCUGACGACGACGCCGCCUCUGAUUUCUCACUUUGGAGCGAUACUGGGGAUCUCGUCGAUCAGCUUGCUGACGACGAAGACCCUCUCGCUGCCCGUUUACGGGAGAGUCUCGAGGCUCAGCCACGACGAGGUCGUAACCGACGCUCUAAGCGUGUACGAUACGCCUCCAACGGCUCACACGACGAGAAGCCGCGCCAACCUGGCGUCGUUAAGAGGAAGGAGGAUAUAAGAAUACCUAGUCCACCGCCCAGGCGCAUUGGGUGGGGACAGCGACUUCUAGCUAGAACAAUGGCACCCAGCGAUGACCAUGCACGCAUGCACGGCCUGCAUGGCAAGAAGCUCAUCUACUUCUUGUCUAUAUUCGUGUCAUUAGGAGUGUUCUUAUUCGGUUAUGACCAGGGCGUGAUGUCGGGCAUUAUCACGGGUCCGUACUUCAAGGACUACUUCAAUCAGCCCUCGGCAGCAGAGAUAGGAACCAUGGUAGCUAUCCUGGAGAUUGGAGCGUUCAUAUCUUCCCUCUCUGUUGGCCGAAUUGGUGACCUCCUUGGACGAAGAAAGACUAUCCUAUACGGCGCAUUAAUAUUCGUAGUCGGAGGAGCCAUCCAGACUUUCGCAACAGGCAUGCCCAUGAUGAUGCUGGGCAGAAUCAUUGCAGGGUUGGGUGUUGGAGCGUUAAGCACGAUUGUGCCUGUCUACCAGAGCGAAAUCAGCCCGCCCCACAACCGUGGAAAGCUGGCAUGCAUCGAGUUCUCUGGAAACAUUUUCGGCUACAUGUGCAGUGUCUGGGUGGAUUACUUCUGCAGUUUCAUUGAAGGACACUGGGCUUGGCGUCUACCUCUGCUCAUGCAGGUAGUCAUGGGAGGUCUGCUCGCAGUGGGUAGCUUCUUGAUCGUUGAAUCGCCGAGAUGGCUACUAGACAAUGACCAUGAUGAGGAGGGCAUUGUCGUAAUCGCGAACCUUUACGGAAAGGGCGAUAUCCACAACCAGAAGGCUCGCGAUGAGUACCGCGAGAUCAAGAUGAACGUUUUGCUGCAACGCCAAGAAGGCGAGCGGUCCUACAGGGACAUGUUCAAGCGCUACUACAAGCGCGUCUUCAUUGCCAUGUCUGCGCAAGCUCUCGCUCAAUUGAAUGGCAUUAAUGUCAUCUCAUAUUAUGCUCCGCUGGUGUUCGAGCAGGCCGGUUGGGUUGGACGAGACGCCAUUCUCAUGACUGGAAUCAACGGAAUCACCUACCUGGCAUCGACCGUGCCUCCGUGGUACGUGGUGGACCGGCUCGGACGCAGGUUCAUCCUGCUUUCCGGUGCCAUCGCCAUGGUGAUAUCUCUCUCAGCAAUCUCGUACUUCAUUUACGUGGACAUCCAUCUGACGCCGACUUUGGUCGUCAUCUUUGUGAUGAUUUACAACGCAGCUUUUGGAUAUUCAUGGGGUCCGAUCCCAUGGCUAUAUCCUCCGGAAAUCCUGCCGCUCAGCAUCAGAGCCAAGGGCGCGAGUCUGUCGACUGCGACCAAUUGGGCCUUCAACUGGCUUGUUGGUGAGAUGACUCCUAUUUUGCAGCAAGCCAUCAAGUGGAGACUUUACUUACUACACGCAUUCUUCUGCGCUGUUAGUUUCGUAGUUGCAGUAUGGUUCAUCUACCCAGAAACAGCGAACAUUCGUCUCGAAGAUAUGAAUUCCAUUUUUGGAGAUGCCACCACAAUCGCCCCCACUCCAGAAACAUUGGCCGAAGUAGAGUCUCUUUUCAGCGGCAACCGCUCUCCUGUGCCCUCUUUCCGACUCGGCGACGAUCAAACAGGUGGCCAGAUUCCCAAUAUGGACCUACAGCCUCCGGAAGUCGAGGUGCAAGAUGGCAAGCCAAUCAUCAAGCAAGGCGAAAGAGGCGAAGGUGUCGCCGGCUGGAUCAGCAAUAUGGCAGAUCGCAUGAAGAGCGGCGGAGGUGAUGCGAACGGCAGUGGAAGUGGGAAAUACAAGCGAAUCGGCCAAGACGACGAUCAGUGA